GUCUGCACUGCUGACUGCACAAUUAAUUUUUACGAAUAUUUGUUGUCCAGAAACAAAUUGUUUAUUUACAAAUUUUUAGUUCUGACCACUUCUUAUAUCAUUCAUUGUAUGCGACAGCUAUAUCUGGAGAAUACUGGUUUUCUCUAAGAUUUAAGAUACCAGAAACAGAAAAAGGUAUAUACGCCUAUUAGUAGCAAUGUCAAAUCCUAUAGUCCAAUACAUCUUAGUACGUACCGACUUAUUACGGGACAUGGCAUGGUCAGUAGGCUCCGUUGUAGCACAAGCAUGUCAUGCAUCAACAGCUGCUUUGCAUCUUUUUAAAGAUGAUGAGUACACUAAAAAAUACUUAUCAGAUUUAGAUAACAUGCACAAAGUAGUUCUGGAAGUCCCUAAUGGAGAAGCACUUAAUCAGAAAGCAGAAGAGCUCAGUGAAAAUUCAAUUGACCAUAAACUGUGGAUUGAACAUCCAGAAAACAUACCCACUUGUUUAGCUUUGAAACCAUAUCCCAAAGAAGAAGUAAAAAAAUAUGUUGGAAAAUUAAAAUUGUACAGAACCACUGUAAUAUGCUAAGGCUUUAUUGUUAAUAAUAUAACCUAAACAAGUAGAUUUUUUA